AUGCGAGUCCUUACAUUCAUUCUACUAUGCUCAAUAUUUGUUGUUCUGUCAUGCAAAAGUAUUGACAGGAAUCCAGAUUUAGAUCGAGUUAUUGUCUGUCCAGAUGGAGAAUCGAUAUGUCCAUCAACCAGUACCUGUUGUAUAGGUCAAGAUGGUGACUACUCUUGUUGUCCGGUUGAGAAGGGUGUUUGCUGUGCAGAUCAUAUCCACUGUUGUCCACAACAUUACAAAUGUGAUUUGAAGAUUUUCAAAUGUGAUCGAACAUUCAAUGCAAAAUUUCUUGGAAUCAAACGAUCGGGAAAGAAAAAUUGA